GGCGGAGCGUCUUGUGGUUCAUCGUUUGUGCUAUUUUCGUGAUGAGGGCUGUGCGUUGUGCUGAUCACUUCUAUGAUUGGAACAUCGAACUCUACCCGAGCUCCGCCUUCUCAUCUCAAGAACAACCGGUUAUCACCAUCAAUGGAAUGUUUCCAGGGCCUCUCAUAAACAUGUCGACGAAUGACGUCGCUUACGUGAACGUGUUCAACAAUCUCGAUGAGCCUUUGCUUUUCACAUGGAAUGGCCUACAACAGAGGCUGAACUCAUGGGAAGAUGGAGUCUCGGGCACGAAUUGCCCCAUCCGACCCGGCACCAAUUGGACCUACGUGUUCCAGGCCAAGGACCAGAUCGGCACCUUCUUUUACUUCCCCUCCCUCAACUUCCAUAAAGCUGCCGGCGGCUUUGGCCCUAUCCGCGUCAACAACCGCAAGGUCAUCGCCAUCCCGUUCCCGACGCCUGAGGCCGAGUACGACCUUCUGAUUGGAGAUUGGUACAAUCAAAGUUACAAGACGAUCAGAUCAUCGUUGAGCGACAAGAAAAACGCUUACGGCGGAAACCCAGAUGCACUAUUGAUGAACGGCAAACUCCCGUAUGGAUUUGCAGAAAAUCCUGAGACAUUCAACGUAACCAAAGGUAAGACUUACAGGAUCAGGGUGUCAAAUGUGGGCAAUGCACUGAGCUUCAACUUCAGGAUCCAAGGGCACAAGAUGGCGGUGGUCGAGGCGGAAGGGUCCUACACCGCCCAGAUCACCGUCGACUCCCUCGACAUCCACGUCGGGCAGUCGUACUCGGUUCUCGUGACGGCAGACCGAGCGGAGGCCGAUCACUUCAUCGUGGCGACUCCGAAGCUGGUCCAUGCGGAGGAGUGCGGCCAGCUGACCGCCUUGGGAGUUCUCCACUAUGAGAACUCCACCGCACCCCCAAGCUACCCCAUUCCUUCCGGGCCUAAUGCAUUUGACAUUGAUUUCUCCAUCCACCAAGCCAAGUCUAUCAGGUGGAACAUGACCGCGGGUGCCGCGAGGCCCAACCCGCAAGGGACGUUCAACGUCUCCCACGUGACGCCGAAUCAGACGUUCGUCCUCCACGGGUCGACGGCCGAGAUCGACGGAGCGCCUCGCUACACUGUGAACAACGUGUCAUACCACACCCGGAGACCGCCGCUCAAGCUGGCAGACUUCCUGGUGAACGGGUCAGGCGUGUACCAGCUCGACUCCUACCCUGUCGAGUCCGUGAACCCGGCGGCGGAAUCGGGCGUCUUCGUCACGACCGGCCUUCACAAGGGUUGGAUCGAGCUCGUCUUCGUGAACGGCCUGCAUGUCAUGGACUCUUGGCACUUGGACGGGUUUGGGUUUUAUGUGGUCGGGUUUGGAGACGGAGACUGGAUGCCCAGUUCGCGAUCGACGUACAACAGACAUGAUCCGGUCGUCCGGUCUACGGUUCAGGUUUAUCCUGGGAAAUGGACGGCGGUCUAUGCUUACCUUGAUAACCCGGGAAUGUGGAACUUGAGAUCCCAGCACUCGAAGCAUUGGUAUCUUGGACAAGAGCUCUACGUUAGGGUUUAUGAUGCCGACCCCAAUCCUGCCAAGGAGAGGCCGCCCCCAGAAAACCUCCUCCUAUGUGGUUAG